ACGGCCACGGGCACCUGGGCGGGGAGCGGCCAUGUCACGGCCCGCCCCGGCGCAUGCGCGGCGCCACCCCGGCAAGAUGGCGGAAACCGAGGAGCCGAGGCGGCGGAUCCCGCUGGUGCCGGAGAACUUGCUGAAGAAGAGGAAGGCGUACCUGGCCAUCAAGGCCACCCAGGCCAAGCAGGCGCUGCUCAACAAGCGCAAGCAGCAGAAGGGGAAACAAAUCCAGUUCAGACGCCUUGAGACUUUUGUUCGCGAUUCGUGGCGCAAACGCCGCGAUGACACCCGGCUGAGGCGCAUGGAGCAGAGACCUGGGCAGGCGGUGGCGGCACCUCAGGAGCGCAAACUGGCCUUCGUCGUGCGGAUUGUGGAUAUCAAGGGGGUGACCAGGAGGGUAAAAAGAGCGAUGGAGUUGCUGCGGCUGAGGAAGAAUUUCACCGGGAUAUUUGUUAAACUGACCCCGUUAACCCUGAAGUUGCUGCGGGUUGUGGAACCGUAUGUGGCAUGGGGAUACCCAAACUUGAAAUCUGUACGAGAGCUCAUCCUGAAACGGGGCCAGGCCGUGAUCAAGAAGAAGAGGGUGCCUCUGACAGACAACAUGCUGAUAGAGGAACAUUUAGGGGGCUGUGGUAUUAUUUGCCUGGAAGACCUUAUUCAUGAAAUCUACUCAACUGGGAAGUAUUUCAAAAAAGUCACCAAGUUUCUGUGGCCAUUCCACCUGUCGGUGGCUCGCCACGCGUCGCGUAACAGAGUGGGUUUCCUCAAAGAAAUGGGAAAGCCUGGCUACAGAGGGGAAGCCAUCAACCAGCUCAUACGUCAGCUGAACUAGUCAGGGUCUUUGUGAAAACUUCAGGAUUUAUAACCUGUUCCUUUUUCUCAUGUAACUAAUGGACAUGAUCUAUAUGCAAGGGGAUCCACUAUCUCUCUUGACUGUUGGUGCCUCU